UGUCGUGUAUUUUAAGUUUAUAUUAAUACGAGUAUUUUCAAAAUGAUGAAGAGACGCUCGAUUGCCAAGCAUCUACUGCCGCAGUUCUAGUUUUGGUCGUCAGCUUAUGACUUGAGGAAUAUGUGCGCGGUAUAAUCACGAAUCGGUAUAAUCACCACUACGAUAAAAAUAUUGAAUGAAUAUACUUCAGUACUCUAUUGAUAAAACAGAAAAUUAUUCGUAGAGGAGCGUGAAGAAAUAUAUGUGUCAGAUAACUUUAAUAUGAUACUUCUGAAAUCUGAUUAUUUUUUGAAAAUUAGAUUGAUGGGUUUAUGAAAUCCUGAAAUUAAGGAAACAUUCCAUAUAAUCUUCAGAAAUUUUACUAGGAAUCAGAUGCAAACCAAUAGCUUAUCAGGUUGAAAAAUUCGGGAGUUUAAACUUUACAUUCAUUCGCCAUAAAUUUUUGUCUGCAUAGAAAGGGUGAUUCAGUAAGUGGAUUGAUUCGGUUUUUGUUGCGAAUCGGAAAGCGUUUGAUAUCAUAAAAAAUCUAGGAUUUUCUGGCGUUUAACGAGCAAAAAAUACAUUUAAAAUUAGGCCCUGUUAUUGACGGGAUAAAUACAUAAUUUUUUUCGCAACAAAAUGCGGGACAGAGGAACUGUUGGGGUGAAUAUGCCGAGCCACGCGUCAGAGAAUUUGGAGCGGGCAGCGUCCUUGGGCGCGGAUGGAACCGAAAUUUCCGUCAACGAAGACUCCAGACUCCGAGGAAGCGAAGGCAGCGACACCGCCGUUGCCGUCAAUGGAAGUUCAUCGCAUAAAAGUCGGUCUAGACCAAAAGGAAGAUCUAAAUCUUCAUCACGGACUGAAGAGAGGCCUCGCAGGUCAAGAAGUGUCUUUAAUUCUGCUUCUGCUUCGCUGUCUUCCAUACCCAACAGAAUACAGCUCUCCAUGCUGUCUUACGGACUCAUCAAAAUUACCGAGGAAGCGAAAGCCAUCAACUCUAUGAGCACGCGCCCCUACCCCGCCAGCGAUCACAUCCGAGUGUGCGCUCUGCACCGGCGCUUUCCCAUCCUCUAUAAAGUCGAAUUCCAGAUGGCUACGAAAGUCGAACCGCACACAAUCAGACACGCGCUCAAAGAAGCCAACGAGCCCAAAAACCAAAACAAGCGCAUCGUCCCAUAUGACUACAACAGAGUGGUACUUGAUCCAAUACCAGACGUACCAGACUCCGACUACAUCAACGCGUCCUACGUCGACAGCUUGCUUACACCCAAGUACUACAUCUGCUCGCAAGGACCCAAGGAAGGAACCGUGCCGGACUUCUGGCGCCUCGUCUGGCAGAAGAACUGCAGGAUUAUCAUCAUGCUCACCAAGACAUUCGACUUCAUCAAGGUGAUGUGCAUUCAGUACUGGCCUGCCAAUGUCGGCACCAAAGACGACUACGACGGCAUUAAAGUCGAGCUUCUCAAAGAAGAAGAACUCGCAAACUUCCAGAUGCGAACACUGCGCGUGUCCAAAGGCAACGAGGUGCGGGAGGUGGUGCAGUUCCACUACACAGGGUGGCCGUCGCACGCGAUGCCGUUCAUCAACGCGCUGCUCGAGUUCCGGCGCCGCAUUAUGUUGUGGCGGAUGGAAAAAUCCACGCCUCGAGAUGGUCCAGAACUCGUGCAUUGCAGCGACGGCGGUGGACGGUCUGGAGUGUUUAUGGCCAUUGACGCCAACCUGCAGCAGUACGAGGAGGACGGUCUCUUCGAUAUCUACGGUUACCUGAAGAAGCUGCGUCAGGCCAGGAGGGGACUCAUCGAGAGCGUCGAAGGAUACAAGUUUGUUUACGAAGCGUUGGAAGAAUAUCUUACGUGCGCGCAAAGCUACUUUCCCGUGAGCGAGCUAUCGCAGCGCCUCAAGCAUAAGUCCACCAAGGGACCUAAUGGCAAGAGUGAAUAUCAAAUGGAGUUCGAGACAAUUUGCAAGAUGACUCCUCGUUUUACAAUCGGCGACUGCGCCGGAGGCCACAGAGCUGACAACCGCUUCAAGAACAGGAACGUUCUCUGUGUGCCGCCGGACAACUUCCGGCCGUACCUGACUUCCUUCCAAGGCAACGCCUGCACCGACUACAUCAACAGCGUCUUUGUCGACGGCUACGUAAGACCACGCGAGUACGUUGUGUCUGAGUGGCCCAUAAAAUCAACGCUCGGUGACUUCUGGUCCCUGGUAUACGAUCACGACGUAACCUCUGUCGUGGUGCUCUAUUGUCCGCACGCGUCAGAACACUCGAAUUAUCCCCCGUUUUGGCCUGAGAAACAAAGAACCGUCAAGUACGGCCCAGUAUUUACUCUGGAACAUCAGUCGCAUGAACACUACGAUAACAUUCAUACAUGGGUCUUCAAACUACAAAAGAAGAUAGUCUCGCUGACCGAGCUGAUGGCAGGCAUCAAGGCUGAAGUGAAGACAUGUCAGCUGUUCCAGCUGAUGUGCUGGCCUCAAGGGCACAAAGUUCCUUCGUCCACGAACGCGCUCGUCGAGCUCAUGAACAUGGUCGAGAAGUGGAGACAACGAACUGGAUACGGACCUGUCAUCGUUGUCAGUCCAGACGGCAUGAGCCGAGCGGGCGUGUACUGUGCUGCGAACGCGUGCAUAGAGCAGGUGGUGCAGCACGGCGAGGUAGACGUGUUCCAGGCCGUCCGAACUGUGCGCCGUCACCGUCCUCAGCUCGUCAGCAGCAUGACGGAAUACAAAUACUGCUAUGACUUGGUCCUGCACUACGUCCUACAUUUCCUGCAAAAGGAAGUCAAGCAGUAAAACUUGCCCAACCUUGUCUUGCCCAACGUUUUCUUGCCCAAGUUAUAGCGGGUAAAGUUCGUCGGGAAUCACCGGAUCUGCUUUAAGUUGUCCCGCAGGAAACGUAAAAUUUAAGAUUGCCUUUCCCUCGUUUCCACACUUGUAUUCCUAGACUUAUUUAUCAUCCAUCGUCAGUUUUCGUGCAUUCAACCAGAAGUUCUAGGACAAUUUUUUAGGAUUUUUUUUUUUU